CCGUAAGCCACACCUCCCGCCACGCCCUCUUGCGCCGCCGUCCACCAGCUCUCUGGAGGACAUUCUCGCUCUCUCUUCCCAAUCUGCGGCCUCGACUUUCAUUUGAACUUGGAAUAAAAUUCCAAUAAAGGGAAAAUUGCAAUUACGCCAUCUUUAUCUGCUCAGUGCUUCAAAGCUGGUCUUUGUGAUUGAUCCAGCCAUCGCCCAUUCCCGUCUCUACCGUCCUACGCCAGCCGUUCGCUCAUUCAGUGCCAGUACUGCGACUCUUACAAUCACUACUACACCAGCGCUGUUGAUUCAUACCGCCUUGUUGCUCUUAUAACUGCUCUUUCAAUCUGAGCAAUCUACAAUUCUUGAUUUUGUCAUAGUCUCGGACUUGCCUACUGCUCUCAGCACCGACUGCAACCUUGCUACGUUAAAGCGCACCGUCUCGCUUGCAAACACCACGGCAUUCAAGAGUCGAACCAGGCCUCGUUCCGCCAAGGGGAAAAAACGCCACAAACGGUGUGCAAAAAAGGAAAAGCAAGGAAAAAGAGAGCCUCUCUCUCACACACGUCUUCAGCCAUCUCGACAUCUCACGCAGCCAAGGCACGCUAAAUAUCACUAGAGCCCGUUGCCCAAAAAGAAAAGGCCACCCCCCGCCGCCCAGCUGCAUGCCACACGCUGGUCACCCACUGCCGCCCACUAUUGCCCACUACCACGGCCUCUCUAAGCGCCCGGCUUGAGCCCCUGUCACCACACCCACACCUGCCCCUCUCUGUGUCCGCUAGUGCCGUGGCUCACUGCAACUCCUCUUCUGCGGCCGCUUUCCCGCUCCUCUGCUUUUGCUUCCUUUUCUUCCGCAAGUCAUUUUGCGUUGCCGUCUGCUUUUUUUUCUUCCCUCUCCCCCAAAGGAUAUUGGGUUCGCAACCUGUUGUUGCUCUUCUCUAUUUACACGAGUUGGGAACAUUUGCAGGUUAGCAAAUCACAAUGUCGUUGAAGCUUGAAAUCGAGACUUGGGUCGCUGCCCUUGCCCGAUACGAUAACAAUGAAUUCGACGACGCCCUUGUCGAGUUCGACAAGAUCACAGAUACAAGCAAAAUCUUGUUUAAUAUGGGCGUAAUUCACGCUACGCUGGGCGAGCAUGAAAAGGCUGUUGAAUGCUACCAACGCGCUAUCCGCUUAGACCAAUACCUCGCUGUCGCAUACUUUCAACAAGGCGUCUCAAAUUUCCUUCUCGGGGACUUUGAAGAGGCCCUCGCCAACUUCAACGAUACCCUCCUCUACCUUCGCGGCAACACUAUGAUCGACUAUUCUCAGCUUGGUCUUCUCUUCAAGCUCUACUCAUGCGAGGUUCUUUUCAACCGUGGCCUCUGCUACAUCUACCUCCAACAAAAGGAUGCCGGUAUGCAAGAUCUGGGCUACGCUGUCAAAGAAAAGGUCGUUGAGGACCACGACGUCAUCGACGAGGCUAUCCGUGAGGAAGCAGAAGGCUACACCGUCUUCUCCAUCCCGGUUGGUGUUGUCUACCGCCCGAAUGAUGCGAAGGUCCGCAAUCUCAAGACCAAGGACUACCUCGGAAAGGCCCGUCUAGUUGCGGCCUCGGACCGAGCCAAUGCCUUUACUGGCUUCGCUGGUGCCGAGAUUAAGAACUCUCUCUCCAAAGCUGAAAGCAAAGACGACCGUCCCGCCGACAACAUUUCCUUCGCUGCCACCAACCUAGUCAAGACUGACAUCCAGUCUCGACGUCAACAAACGGAUCCUCCCAUGAGCAGAGGUGCCUUCCCGCCUACCCCUCCUCCCGAGGAACGUGGCCCCAGUCGCGGCAUGUCAGUACGCAACGGUGGCGGUAGAGCCCCUCCUGCUAGACUUAACCUCGACACACAAAUGGCUAGCCGAAAGUAUGAAAAGGCUAUUUCUCCCCAAGACAGCGCAACCUCAGCCAACAGUGCGCGCCCAACCCGAUCAGCAUCGUCUGCCACCUCGGGUAGGGCCUAUCCUAGUCGAGAGGACAUCCAACCUGCUCCUCUCCAGCGCAGACCCACUAGACCAAUCCCUGAAGAUGAUCGAUACGAAGACUCUUAUGGCGGCCAAAACCAGCGUUACGGUCGUGGUUCCCGUUCAUCAGCAGAUUCUCGCGGCAGCCGCCAGGCAUCUGCAUCACGCCGUCGUCAACCUCGUCAACAGUACAUUGAUGAGGAAGAACCCAUGGCCUCUGACUAUGAAGAUGGUUCCUUCGAUGAUGAAAACUUUGACAUGAUGCCCCGUCCCGGUCGUCGCGCUGGUACCGGGUCUGUCAGCUCGUCCCGUGGUGCUUCCCGCCGACCUAUCGAGGUCAACAAGUUUCGCAUCAAGGUCCACCAUGAAGAGGUCCGGUAUGUUGUUGUCGGUCCCGCCAUUGAGUUCCAAGACUUUUCAGACAAAAUUCGCGACAAGUUUGCAUUGCGCCGCCGAUUUAAGAUCAAGAUCAAGGAUGAAGAUAUACCUGACGGUGACAUGAUCACCAUGGGAGAUCAGGACGACCUCGACAUGGCUCUUCACAGCGCCCGCGACGCUGCCAAGCGCCAGCAGAGCGACGUUGGAAAGAUUGAGGUUUGGAUUUUUGACGUGUAGAUACUCGCUCUACAUGUUUUGCUUUGAUUGCAGCCUUUGCUUUUUGUACUCUUGAACCAUCUUAUACCCCCCACCUAUCCGAUGCAGCGGUGCUGAAGCUCUCGCACAACCCUCCCGCUCUUGGGUCCUUGUUUGUUAUUUCCUUUGUCAAAAUCAUCACGGAGUUUACUAUUGCGCUUUGGAUUCCAGCGCCCGUUCAUUGUAUCACAAGGCUUAUCCUUUGCUACACUUUUCUUUCCCAGCGCAUCUUUCUUGGACAACUGUUAUGCCUGGACAGUUGGGUACCGAUGGCAGCAAUGCCGUAUUUUCUUGAGCAGUUUUUUCCCCUUUCUUAUACUAUUUAUGACGUAAUGGCAACUAGGCAUGUAAGACUUUUUGGAUCUAGCCUGUUAUUAAAAGAAGACACCUUUUUCUCGCGCUAUCAUGUUUCCUAGUACUAAUACAUGUGACAUUAAAAAUUACAUAUAUGAUCUAAUUCCUCAAUUCAGCUCUGCUAAGAUCUUCUGGACGGUGUUCAGACGCCGACACCAUUCGUCACGGCCCAGAAGCAUAAUCAUGCGCCCGCUGCUUUGUGAAACGACGUCAAUACCUCCGGCACCAACUAGACGCAACACAUUAUGGAUGGUGGUGCUCUCAAUACCUUUGGGCUCCAAUCGUUCGCGAAGCGCAGAGACUGGGCUUACUGUUGCCCUGUCCACCCAAUAUUCCCGAUUGGAGACCACUUCUUCAAUAGCAUCUAUAAUGCGAGAAUCCAGAGUGGCAUGGUGACUCUGUAAGGAGUUAUGGUACACGGAGUUGGGUACACGCCAGAAGAGGUACGGAUGUUGGGAUAUUAGUGUUUGAGCAUCUUGGAAGCCGCCGUCACGGUUAUACAAAACACUGUGAAUAUAAGACGAGGCAACGGCCUGAUCUCCAGCGAGCUGUGGAAUGAGAACUAGCGGUGCCUGCCCGUGCCAAGCUGGUGUGCCUUCUUUAGUGGCAAGAUGAAUCGCUGCAAGCGUAGGUUGGAUUAGAUGGUGAUCGAGGACUUGCGUUUCAGUGGCGGAGAGCGCUGUAUGCGGCUGUUUCAACAGUAGGUCUCUGUAUUUGGAGUUGUAGUGGGCGAGCUUGGGAUAGUUUAAUUUGAUGCCGCCUCUUGUGAAUUUAAACGUGAGCUGCCAAUAUCGUUAGUUGCUACUGUUCUCUGUAA